AUGCGUCUUGGUCAAGUCGGCACCGCGUGUCUCUGGCUCGCGGCACAGGCGGGGGCGGCCGCCACCAAUUUCUCCUCCAGAGUCGAUGAAAUCCUUUCCAGGCCGACCUUCGCCGAUGCCACCGUCGGGGUCAGAGUCUACGACCUUGAAACGGGCGACAUUGUGUAUACUCGGAACGAGGAUUCCCCGUUGAUUCCCGCUUCCAACCAAAAACUCCUUACUUCCGCCGUCGCCCUCUCCAAACUGGGUCUCGACUUCAUCUUCGACACUGCGGCGUUCGCAACCUGCGCCGUGAAUAGGAACGGCGUGCUUAACGGAGAUUUAUGGCUGGUCGGGUCAGGCGACCCCUCGCUAACUUCCGAGAGGUUGGCCGAUCUAGCGCGGGAUCUAGUUGCGCGGACAGGGUUGAAGAGGAUUACGGGGAACGUGUAUGGGGAUGGAUCGGUUUUCGAUAACAAGUUCCUCGGCGAGGGCUGGUCAGAAGACGACGAGAGCUUUUAUUAUUCUGCUCAGGUGGCUGGACUCAAUACCGAUUUGAAUGUGGUUAGUGUCACUGUCUCCCCUGGUCCUGCCGAGGGGAGCGCUGCGACUGUGAAAGUAAACGGCGUGCCGGCCGAUGAAGAGCUGUACGUGGAUAUCCAGUCCACUAUCGACACUAUUGCCGCCGGCGGCCAAAACAGUGGUGUAUUUGAACGGCUCCACGGUACCAACACGAUUAUCCUCGGGGGAUCCAUUUCGGCGGACAGCGGCCCCAUAACCUUUCAAAUCACAAUCGACAAUCCCAAUGCGUUUACGGCUUAUCGCUUCGCUUUGGCCCUCAACAGAGCCGGCGUGCAGGUCCCGAGGUCCCCAACUAAACCAGGCAAGGCACCCCGCAAAGCCGUGAGGCUGGGAACCUCAAAAUCCGAGCCUCUCUCCUCGCUCCUUAAACUGUUUAUGAAGCCAAGCGACAACAUGUACGGCGAGGCUCUUCUCAAGACCGUUGGACGAGCGGAAUAUCCCAACCAGCCGGGCAGCAGUGCAUCUGGUGUGCAGGUGGUGAAAGCGUUUCUGGAACAGGAGGAUAUCGACUCUGCUGGCGUGUCGACAGUUGAUGGAUCCGGCUUGUCAAGUUUGAACACCGUGACUGCACGCUUCAUCACUGACCUGCUGGUGCACAAUCGGAAAACGUUUACCGGGGAGGAGUGGAAUACUUAUUUCGACGCGCUUCCCAUCGGAGGUGUCGAUGGGACGUUGAAGGACCGGUUUGUUGGCUCACCUGUUGCAGGCCAUGUGCGGGCGAAGACGGUACGACAGAGGCGAGAAAAGCUCAAGAUGACAUAG